AUGGAUGGACUUUCAGAAAACUUGGCAAAGGGUCUACUGCUCACAAACGAAGAAGAAGAGGGAAUUACCGUGACGGUCCCUCCAGUGGAGACUAGGGUUGUUGAUAAGGGAUUCCAACUAGUUGGACGAGUAGUUUGCCAGAGAGAAAUCUCAGCCCACUCCAUUAAAUCAAACGUGCUUCGACUUCUUCAACCAGUCAAGGCUUGCGAGAUUGAUACGCUAGGCCCGAACCGCUUUAUUAUUCGAUUCCAACAUCGGUUGGAUUAUCUUCACGCUCGCUCUGGGUGCCCGUGGCUGGUGGAUAAGAACGCUUUGCUCUUCCAAGAUCUAGAUGCGGAUAACGACCCAACCUCGUUGGAUAUCAACAUGAUGGACAUUGUAUUACGAAUCCACAACCUACAUCUCUCUAUGCGUACCGAAUACAUUGUAACCCAAAUUUGCAGCAAGAUCGGAGAACUUGUGGAGAUAAUAAAGCCCAAACCAGCGGCUUAUGUGCCAUAUAUGAGGGUCAAAAUCAGGAUUGAUGUUACAAAAAGUUUGAAACGGGGAAUGAAUCUGCAUAACCCAGAUGGGACAAAAAAUUGGGCCGCGUUUUCUUACGAACGCUUACCUAAUUUUUGUUUUCUGUGUGGAGUUGUUGGGCAUGGGGAAAACCGUUGUCCUGCUCGGUACGAUGAAGAUUUUGCUGAUCCAGGUGACAAUCUACCAUACGGCGUUUGGAUGAGGGCUACUGGUCCUCCUGAUGGAAUGGCUGGGAGGCGGCCGCUGCAUCUUGUGAACCGGGUUGAAGCAAUGAGUGCUGGUACCAGUCCCCGAAUGCCACUUAGGGGUGCUAGCAUCUUCGGUAUAUCCUCCCCAAUGGAAUUAUUUCCUCAUACCAGCGUUGCAUGUGCAAAUAAAGAGAACCUUUCAACACCUAUUUGUGAUGAGUCUGAUCUGGUUACUCAUACCAUUCAAUUCCAGGCGGGGAGUAGCUCGGACACUUCUACGAGGAAGCUAGUUAAGGUCUCAAAUAGGAGCAAGAAGAAGAAGGCGGCUGAGUCGGGGAUUGAGGACAGAGCGGUUACUGGGAAAAAACAGAUGUUGGUUUUAAGGGAUGAAGAGUCUAAUCUAACGGCGGAGACUGCGAUGCAGUCCCGCCGAGCGCAAUGA